AUGGCUGAUCUUCAAGAGAGGAUGUCACUCUCCUCGUCUUCAUCCUCCUCCUCAUCAUCAUCGUCUUCUCUGUCACUAACAGCAAUGCCAAUAGAUGGAGAGUUGUGGAUGGUUGCCGAGGAAAGGGCUCAGGAGAUACUUAACGCCAUCCAACCUGUCUUUGUUUCAGACAGAAGCAGGAACGAGAUCAUACAUUAUGUCCAGACCCUUAUUAAGGAUCGUCUUGGAAUUGAGGUCUUCUUGUUUGGCUCGGUGCCACUAAAAACCUACCUCCCAGAUGGAGAUAUUGAUCUGACAGUCCUAACUCCUCAAGAUAAAGAAGAGGACUUGGCUGACACGUUGUGCAAUAUGCUUAAAGCUGAAGAUGGAAAAUCUGGUUUCUAUGUAACUGAUGUUCAAUAUAUUGCAGCACAGGUUAAGGUCAUAAAAUGCAGUAUCAGGAACAUUGCUGUAGACAUCUCCUUCAAUCAAAUGGCAGGACUCUGCGCUUUAUGUUUUCUAGAGCAGGUUGACCAGGUGUUUGGGAGAGACCAUCUAUUCAAGCGUAGCAUCAUUUUGAUCAAGGCUUGGUGCUACUAUGAGAGCCGUAUUCUCGGUGCCAACACUGGAUUGAUUUCAACAUAUGCUUUGGCAGUACUAGUCUUGCAUAUCAUCAACAUAUCUUAUUCAUCACUAUCUGGCCCUUUAGCGGUUCUGUUUAAGUUCUUGGAUUACUAUGCAUCAUUUGAUUGGGAUAACUACUGUCUCACUGUCAAUGGACCAGUUCUGAUAUCUUCUCUGCCAGAUAUGACUGGUAAUGAUGCUGAUGUUUUCUUGAACGAGAAGUUCUUUAGAGAAUGCAUAGAGUUAUAUUCGGUUCCAACUAAAGCUGUUGAAGCAAAUGGCCAUUAUUUUCCUGUAAAACAUUUCAACAUUGUGGAUCCUUUGAAGCACAGUAACAACCUUGGCCGUAGUGUGACAAAAGGCAAUUUGCAACGUAUAAGACAUGCUUUUACUCUGGGAGCUAGAAAGCUCAAAGAUGUGCUUUCAGUACCUGGAGAAACCAUGGGCUGGAAACUGGAGAAGUUCUUCAGUAGUUCAUUAGAGAGGAACGGUAAAGGACAAAGACAAGACGUGGAGGAACCUGUCGUGGCCUUUGGCACAGGAAGAUCAGAACCAUCUGAACUCAGGGGAGACGUUGAAGGAUACUUCAAAAGUCUUGUAUACGGGAAAUGGUUUCACGGAGAGACUCAGCAUAGGUGGAUCCCUCAGGGGCAAGACACAAGUUCUUGGGACAUUGUUCGUUGGUUUGUCACUGGACAAAAGAAUGUUUUCUAUAGGAGGAAUCUGAAUGGAUCAUCAAACUCGUUUCAGAACAUGAGGAGAUCAAGAGGAACAGGCACUUACAUUCCUGAAAUGAGUCAGCAAUCUUAUACAGACAGGUUCAGUAACAAACCGAGCAGGGUGAACCCAUUGCCUUCAGCAUCUCAGUCUCAACUUCUCAAACAGAAUAUUUGA